CGCGCCUGCGCACUCUCUGGCCGCAGCGGCGCCGCUUGAUGACGUUCCAGGGGCGCGCGCGGAGAGGGCCCCAGAUCGCGAGGCCCCGCCAGCAUGAAGGAGACGCCGCUGUCCAACUGCGAGCGGCGCUUCCUGCUGCGCGCCAUCGAGGAGCGGAAGCGCUUGGACGGGCGGCAGAGCUACGACUACAGGAACGUGCGGAUCUCCUUCGGCGCCGACUACGGCUGCUGCAUCGUGGAGCUGGGGAGGACCAGAGUCCUUGGACAGGUUUCAUGUGAACUUGUUUCCCCAAAGCUAAAUCGAGCUACAGAGGGUAUACUUUUCUUUAAUCUUGAGCUCUCCCCAAUGGCUGCACCAGCUUUUGAGCCUGGCAGGCAAUCUGACCUUUUGGUGAAACUGAAUCGACUACUAGAAAGAUGCCUAAGAAACUCAAAAUGUAUAGACACUGAAUCUCUCUGUGUUGUUGCUGGUGUAAAGGUGUGGCAAAUUCGUGUGGACCUGCAUUUGUUGAAUCAUGAUGGAAACAUUAUUGAUGCUGCAAGUAUAGCAGCAAUAGUGGCUUUGUGUCACUUCCGUAGACCAGAUGUAUCUGUGCAAGGAGAGGAAGUAACUUUGUAUACCCCUGAGGAACGUGAUCCUGUCCCUUUGAGUAUCCAUCACAUGCCUAUCUGUGUCAGUUUUGCCUUUUUCCAGCAAGGGACCUAUUUGUUGGUGGAUCCCAGUGAACGAGAGGAACGUGUAAUGGAUGGCCUCCUAGUGAUUGCCAUGAAUAAACAUCGUGAGAUUUGUACUAUCCAGUCCAGUGGAGGGAUUAUGCUGUUAAAAGAUCAGGUUCUGAGAUGCAGUAAAAUAACUGGUGUUAAAGUAGCAGAGAUCACAGAGCUAAUUCAAAAGGCCUUGGAGAAUGACCGGAAAGUUAGGAAAGAAGGUGGAAAGUUUGGCUUUGCAGAGUCUAUACCAGAUCAAAAGAUCUCUGCCUUUAAAAUGGAAAGAGCUCCUGUUGAUACUAAAGAUGUGGAAGAGCAAGCUGAAGAAAUCAUCACCAAGGCUGACUCUCCUUCAGAUGUUUUUGCCAAACCAGUACUGAGGAUGCCUGGGAUGGCCCAAAUUGGGGAGGGGAUAGAGAAUUCCUGGGGAGACCUUGAAGAAUCUGAGAGAGAGGAGGAAGAGGAAGGUAACAGUGAUGAUGCCACCACCUCAGAGUGUCAGAAAAUGGAAAUGGAAGAGAGAAAUGUUGUGAGGAAAACUAAGAAGGGUGAUGACACAAUUGUACUGUCUGACAGUGAAGAGGAGGAAGUUGUCAUUCUGGAACCAGAGGAGAGGCCGAAGAAAACACGGUCCAGUGGAGGUAUGGUCAAGCACCCCUGGGGAAGCUGAAAGGAAAUUCAUGGCACCAAGCCUGCCCUUCACUUCCCUUACCCAUGCCACCCUUCACCCGUACCUUAAUCAGUUGAUUCAGUCAAGCUUAGGAGCAGGCCACCCAAGCAGCUUCGUACCUGUCUUUCCAGACCAGAAUGCAUUUCAUGGCCAGGCCUGCAUAGUCAGACUCAUAGGGUCAAAGAGAAUGGUUUUGCUUGGUAUAGGAAGCUAGCUGUUCCAUAUUUAAACAAUUGGAAUGAGUUAGAACAUAAUUUAGGUCAAGAUGACCAGUGGGGCAGUUGUCAGUUUUGGAUUAGAUGUCACAGUUAAGCUAUAGUUUAAACAAGGUAAAAUGCCAUGUUAGAUUCAGAAAGGAAUUUGCUUUCACUCCUAUUAGUUAGCUUGACCAAGAAGAUACAUUUCUUGGUGUCUUGGGCUAAGUUUAGAAACAGUUAAGUCCUGCUUUAUGGGAAGAAAAAAAAAAGCAGUCCCACUUUUGGGUUGGAAUCAGUGAUAUCACACUGGUUACAAGUCAGCUACAGUGAUCAAUGCAGCUUAAGAUAAGCAAGACCACUGCCAUCAGCUUUAGUACAGGAUGUUUAUUUGCCAGACUUGCAGAUUUCCCUUUAAACCCUGUUCCUGCUUUACACUUUUAAACACUGCUCAAGAUAUACUGUGCUUAUACAAGUUUACAGGAGACAGGUCAGUUUGAUUUAACUGUAAAAAGUUUAACUACCUCAUUAUUGGCAGAGUGCUACAACUUAAGCAGAAGACCAAUUAAAACCUGACUACUGACUGUGUAAGAUUUCCACUGCAUAAAAGCCUGCCCAAAUGGUCUGUUCUGAAUUCGGUGUCACUCUAGCUAUAACCCAUCCAUGCAUGGCUCAGGCUGUGGUGGUCAGCUGUAUAAUUCUCUUCCCCCUGUGGAGGGUGUAGUGCUAGUGGCCACUUUCCCUGCUGUAGUUUGCCACCACCCUGCUAGGAAAGCAAGUGGGAGGUAGAGCUGUAGUAAUGGAGGGUUGACUCUAGGGAAGCUUUUAGAGAAACUGAAGUUUUACUAAAAAAUGCUAGUAAAAGUUCAUGCAGCAUCACUUAGACUAGAAAAUAGCUACAAGUUAGAUGCCAUUUCUGUUCACACAAGAGGAGACUUCAGCAGUUGUAGUUCUAGCUAUCUGAUGGCUGCUUUGGAGACCACUACUUAAUGAUAGUUUGAGCACUAAAAUUGGAAAGCCUGCUUUUGAAGCAAGUCCUAUUAAAUCCUGCCAGCUACUAAAGUCAGUUGAAUUUCUUCAAAGUGGUUUUUAUAUUAUAUAUAAAGUUCUAGGGGUAUGACAGUUAAGCUAAAGAUUUGAUCUAAAUUCAGGUGAAAUUAAACCUUAGUAGCAUCUUGUGUU